UAGUCUGUGGCCUUCAGCUUAAAUUCUUUAAGCAGAAAUAAUUUUCUCGUUUUGUAAUUGUGUUUUGUAAAAUCAUCAUCUGCUUAUUUCACUGUAAUUUUGUAGCAUUCUUUUACAAAAAUACGUAAUUCCUAUAUUUUUUUAAUUUUAAUUUGAUUUUAAAUAGUUCAUAAAAUGUGGCACGAAGCACGAAGACAAGAGCGUUUAAUUCGCGGCUUAAUAGUGGACUAUCGACGUAGGGCUGAACGACGAAAAGAUUUCUAUGAAAAAAUAAAAGCAGAGCCAACUCAAUUUUUACAACUACAUGGAAGGGUGUGUAAGAUACAUUUGGAUCCGGCUGUGGCUGCAGCGGGAGAAGGACCAGCUAUCAUGAUGUCCUGGCAAGGUGACACCAGCAAUAUGAUUGACAGAUUUGAUGUAAGGGCACACCUUGAUUAUAUGCCAGACAUCAAAGUGCCAGACAUACCACCAGAUGAACUUAGUCAAGAGGAGAGGCAGUGUAACUAUGAACGAUACAGAAUCCUUGCACAAAAUACUUUUCUUGGAAUAAGUGAAGAUAAGUUCCUUCAACAACUAGCAAUAGAAGAACAGUUUGGCAUCACAAUUGAGGAGAAAGAGAUGCAUAAGGAGCGUUUAAAUGAGAAAAAGGGGACAGGUGUAGCAAUUGGAUACAAUUAUAAUGAUCCCGGAUCUCAACCAUCCUGCUCAAACGGCCCUGAACUAGCAGAAAGUAAGGAUUCUGAUGAAGAAUCUGAUUUAGAGAUCAUUGAUGUUGAUCUGAGCAUUGAUGUCAACAAAAUGAAGGCUGCACAGGCUCACGAGUUAAAUGCUGUGGGACCUCAAUAUGGUAUGACUGGAUGUGAUCUGUUCUCCUUUCUUACUGGUGACGCGGAUGAAGCGGAACAUCAGAAGCAAUUAUUGCGAGAAGAGAAGGAAAAAGCGUUGUUCUCUGGUAGAAAAAGUCGCAGGGAAAGACGCGCACAUCGGGAUAAAAGACUGCCUCCAUUACCAACAAGUCCACCGAGUUAUGCAGCGCCAGCUGAGAAGUCAAAAGAAGCGUCGCCUGCGCGUUCGAAUACGCGAUCGCCGUCUCCUGAGGUGGAAAAUAUUGAGUUCAUCACCUCGUUUGGGCCUGAUGAUGAAGAUAAAACACCACCCCCACCAAAGCCUCUCUAUUCUGAAAAACUAAAGAAGAAUCUUAAGAAAAAUAUGCUCUAUUCAGAAAUCGUGAGAAAGCGAAGAUCCAGGUCAAGAUCCCGCGAUAAACCCCGACCUGUAAUGGGACCGCGGUUCAGGGACUCGAUUUCCCGUUCGAGGUCUAAGUCUUAUUCAAGAUCCAGGUCUAAGUCCAGGUCCAGAUCCAAAUCAAGGUCUACUUCUAGGUCCCGAUCCAGAUCAAGGUCUAAUUCGUCUUAUCGAAGGUCUAGAUCUAGGAGUUACGGAAGACGGUCGCGUAGCCGUUCUAACUACGGUGGAAAUGGGAAAAGAAAUAGAUCCAGGUCGAUGUCGUAUGAAAGUAAGUGCGAGCCAAAAGCCGUGCCGCGUUACUACGGGCGUCGCAAAGAAGACAAAUCUUCGAGUGAACUCUCGCUCGACUCUGACUCCAGCACUUCUGAACAUAAUUAUAAAUCUUCAGUCGGAAAUAAAUCACAGGCAAACCAGAAUCAGUUACGAUUAACUGGAUCCAGCUCCAAAGGAACAUCGCGUGAGGCGUUGACAAUGAAGGAGCGGCUGAAACGAAAAAUGCAAGCGCAGUUAUCCAGACAAUUGCGUGCCGACAAGCGCCUGGAAGCGGAACGUCUGGAACGGGAGAGCAGGAGGCAGGCACGACGAGAUGAAGAGAUGCGGGAACUCGCUAUCAAGCUACGUAGGAAACAACGCGAAAUGCGACACCAACAAAGUCGUCGAUCAAGCGAAGACGAUUCCGAAAGAAGUCGAAGUGGCUCAUCGCCCAGAAAAUCUCCAUCGCCAAAAGAACGAAGUAAGUCCAAGAGCAAAACUCCAGAGAAACGCAUUCAGGUUUGGGAGUCAGAUGAAGUGUCUCCGUACAAGCAGAAGUACCAAGAAGUUGAUAGGAGACGCCACGAAGAGGAAUACAGACAAAGAAGGGAUAAUAGGAUUUUCAGAGGCCGCAAAGAUUACAGAGGACCACGAAAUGAAGAUGGACCUUCGGGAAGAGAUGACUCAGAUGGGAGAAAAGUGAAGUUGGUGGACUAUUGAACUAACACGUAUAGGUGAACGCACGUAUACGUUGAUAUUACUUUUUCUUGUAAAUAUAAUUGUGAAAUGUAUAACUCAUAAUAAGUUAAGACAUUUAAGAAAAUGGUACCAUUGCGUUUUAUUAAACAUAAAAAAAUACGACUUAAAAUACAUACAUGAAUGAAAACACAUUGCAUAUCUGUACUGGGUGAAAAAGGGUUAAUGUCAAAAUGUGAUUAAUACGUUAUUUAGUAAAAAGCAAAAGGAUUUCUUAAAAAAAUUCGGCCAUAAUCAUAAGAACAAAUAAACGAUUUUAAAUUUUUACAUGCAACCUCGCAUCAUUUGAUUUUUUUGUUGAAAUUGUGAUGUAUCUAAUCAGACUUUGUAUGCAUUAACCUGAUACUUUUGUAAGGUACUGUUAAUUAUAUGUAUACACGGCAGCGUGGACACUACCCUAGUAAAAGUACUAACUAGCCUCAAAUACCUAUUACGUAUUCUUUUACGUAGCGAUUCUCCUUGUUGCUUUGAAAAAAGUAUUUGUGGUAAUAUUUGACUGUUUGAGGCUAAAACAAACAUACAAGGUGUUCAAAGGAUUAAAAUUCUCUGCAACUUGGGUUCAUUUAAGUAUCGAAAGAUUUCGAAAAAUGCUCUAUAUAUUUCUAGCUAAAUUAAUUUGAUAUUUAAUUAUAUAGUUUAAAUACUCCCUUCUCUACGUAAAAUUGUCAAUAUUUGUGUAAAUAUAUGAAAACAUAUAAAGCUGAUCAAAUGUGUGGCUGCCGCCAACAUACAUGAUAUAUUUGUCAAUUAUGAAAUACAUUUUAAGGAG